AUGCCCAACGAUCUCGACAAGUCUCUCCUCGAUCGCCUAAGCGCCCUACGAGGCAAAAGCGCAGGGCCCGAGAAACCCGUAUCAACAGAAAUAAAAGUCGAUCUUAUUGAAAGAAAAAAGACUCCUACUCGUGAAGAUACUCUUGCCGCUCGUCUCAAGUCCUUGCGGGAACGCAGCAAUGAACCGUCUUCACCUAUAGCCAAACCAGCUCCAGAGUCAUCAAAGCCCAAGCCUCAACCUGAAAAGACAUCACAAAAGGAACUCCCUAAAGAAGAUGAUGAGGAUGAAUCAAUGUUCCAGACAGACGACCAAACUCUGGAGGAGCUACUAGGCGAUGUCCAACCAGAAGAAGGCUUCAGCGCAGAACCAGACGACGCUCAGGUCAAAGCCCUUCUGGAACAACUUGCAGACGCAAUACCAAAAGACACAGACGAAAAAAAAGAUGACUCGGAUGAUUCCGAUGGAGAAGCCAUGAACAAAGACGUCGACCAAGUCAUCGCCCGCUUUCGCGAUGAGGUAGAAGUAGAAGCUGCUCUCGCCAAGACGAAAUCCCCAGAACCAGAGUCACCCAAUGAGACAGAGUCUAAAGAGACAGACUUUACACUCCCAGAAGUUCCCUCUGACCUCAACGACAUGCCCAUCUCAGCUCGUGCAGGCAGCGCAGAUAUAGACGACAUAACUGCCCGUCUCGCUGCCCUACGCGCCCCAUCCCCAGACGCAGAAUCAUCCUUCGCUUUACCAUCAGUCCCCACAUCCAAACCCUCAGGAAAACUGGUAAAUCGUCUGACUACACGCACAAACUACACCGACGACGACGUGGAUAACUGGUGUACCGUCUGUCUUGAGGACGCAACGCUACGAUGUCCCGGGUGCGACGAUGACGUUUACUGCACGCGAUGCUGGUACGAGAUGCAUCGUGGACCACAAGCUGGGUUCGACGAGAGAAGUCACAAAGCGGUGCAAUUCACAAAAGAUAAAAAGACGAAGAAGGAAAAGAAAAAGGUAGCACUGGGAGCGUGA